AUGCCUACAGUGAAUGCCUCCAACAUCACCACCAGAUCUGUGGUCAUGAUGAUUUCGCAAGCAAUGCCAAAUUUUGUGAUUUCCACAAAAUCUGCAAAAUCCACAAAAUCUUCAGAUGUGAUUUCAUCUUCCCAAGUAGAUGCAUUUUCUCAGUCUCAGCUGCCAACACAAGAGAGCAAUCGUCUGGGAUCUAACAAAGUCUUCCGUCAGAAAUUCAAUAGCAGUGUUAGUUCACUCCCUCAUCUGGAAGGCCAUGCCAGGCAUGGUGUGAUUGCAAGUGCUGCUAAAAUUCAUCCUCAAGACAGAAGCCUUCCUCAGAUAGCACACAAGAAUCUGCAGAAUGCACAUACAUCGCUGCAUGAAAACAGAUCUCGAGUCCAGCCACAUUUUUCCCGAUUUAACAUUGCAGAAAGCCUGCCUGAAAAUGAUAUCAAAGUCCAGUCAAAUACAUCAGAAAUAGAAAGUUCCAAUACCAGUCUCAAGCUUCCUCUGACAGCUUCAGAAGCCUUGAAAUAUUUCAGAAACCAAUUAACAGUCUAUGAACAGAAAGAAAUUCUAAACUAUGCAGAGCUGUGGUUUCUUGGCCUAGAAGCUAAAAAGGUUGAAGGUUUGCCCGAAACGCAGAACAAUAAUUGUUAUGAUGAUGAACAUGGUUCCUACCUAAAGGUUUUACAUGACCACAUUGCAUACCGAUAUGAAGUACUGGAGAUCAUUGGGAAAGGAUCUUUUGGCCAAGUAGCGAAAUGUUUAGACCAUAAAACCAAUGAAAUAGUGGCAGUGAAAAUAAUAAGGAACAAGAAGAGAUUUCAUAGUCAGGCUAUGGUGGAAGUACAGAUUCUUGAGGCUCUCCUUAAGAAAGACAAAGACAAUACUCACAACAUAGUUCACAUGAAGGAAUAUUUUUACUUUCGCAAUCACUUCUGCAUUUCCUUUGAACUGCUGGGGAUAAAUUUAUAUGAGCUGAUCAAAAAGAAUAAUUUCCAAGGUUUUAGUUUGUCUUUGAUUCGACGAUUCACUCAGUGUGUACUGAAAUGUUUACAAAUACUUUACCAGGAAAAAAUUAUCCACUGUGACCUCAAACCUGAGAACAUAUUGCUAUACCACAAAGGCCAAGGUUCAGUUAAAGUUAUUGACUUUGGAUCAAGCUGCUAUGAACACCAAAGAGUGUACACAUAUGUUCAGAGCAGAUUUUAUCGUUCACCUGAAGUAAUUCUUGGUCAUCCCUAUGCCAUGGCUAUUGACAUGUGGAGUCUGGGUUGCAUCAUGGCUGAACUUUACUCUGGCUAUCCCCUCUUUCCUGGAGAGAAUGAAGUUGAGCAACUGGCCUGUAUCAUGGAGGUACUGGGUCUUCCACCAGCUGAUUUUGUUCAGACUGCAUCAAGAAGGCGAACAUUCUUUGACUCCAGAGGUUUUCCUAGAACUAUCACUAACAGCAGGGGGAAAAAGAGAUAUCCAGAUUCUAAGGAUCUAAGUACAGUGUUGAAAACCCACGAUGGCAUUUUCCUGGAUUUUCUGAAAAGAUGCCUAAGGUGGGAACCUGCACAACGCAUGACUCCAGACGAAGCAAUGCAGCAUGAGUGGAUCCAGAAACCAAAAACACAGAAACCCAGACCAAAACCCCAGACUACAAGGGGAGUAAGUGACAGCUCCUUUCUAACCCCAGAGAAGAAAAAAGAGAAUGUACAUACAUAUGCACUAACUGGACAAGAAGACACAAUAGAAAACCAAGAGCGGAACACAAAUGAACAAAUUAUUCCAGAGAAAGAAGCAGAAAACCCAGCAGAAAAAACUGUCAAGAGAGACCAGGCAGAACACGACAGUGAAACAGUUCUUCAGAAAAAUGCUGUGGUUUUGCCGCCGAUUAAGUAAUGUUCAGCAUAAACAGUGACUGGUCCAGUUUCCAUACAUGGUAUGUUUGAACUACUUAACACUGUACUCAGUUACAACUGUAUUUUAAGUUAUAACUGUCCACAGAUGGGUAGAUACAUUUGUAGACAUUUUUAAUGCACAUUUUAAUAUAGAAUAGCCCAGGUAACCAAAACAGAAUGCAUGUGGAAAACAUCCUUUCCCUUUACCAAUAUUCUUGUUGUGAUUACAGAUUUUUCACAACCAGCAGCAGUAUUUUUAAUAAGAAGGCAACUAUAGCAAUGGAUAGUGACUUAUUCUUGAUAUGACACUGGACACCUGCAUUCAAGAAUUCUUUAACUUCCUGUGGCUAAAUCCUAAAAUGUUCAUUUAAAUCACAGAAUCUGAAUCUUACUUUUUUUUUACGUCUCAGUUAAUCAAUCAGGAGUAACUGAACGAUGUGUUAGUGAAUUGACAUUAGUGUAUAUAAAAGGUCAGAAGAGAAAUCAGAUCCAUACUGUCUCCCUGUCUGCGAGGGAUGAGUCAGAGAGGAGUCACUGAUAGUACCUUAACAGAAUUAGAAACUCAGAUUAAAUUUUAUAGUGAGGUGCAGAUCAGGAAUUUGUACACAGCAACAGCAGAGAAGAAUGUUUAGCUCUGGUGCUCUGCGUGCCCUUCUGCAGAGACCCUUUGAUAUGAAACCAAAAUGGUGAAUGAGAUAGGGUCAGCAUUCUAGUGAAUUAACCUGCAACAGGAAUUUGACUUAAUUCGCUACAGAAUCAGAUCUGUAUGACUGCCAAUCACAGUCAUUAACUUAGAUCUAGACAGUAAGCACUUUGGACAAAGGACCAAUGUUUUACCACGUGUGUGUAGAACAACCAGCACAGUAAAACUCUCACCCCUAAUUGCAAUCCAUAGAUCCUGCUGUAUUGUUACCAUAUUGAUGAUCUCACAGUGGAUCUAAGCCAAAUGAAGGCCUUUGUGCGUGUCACAGAGCACUGUGGUGCCCUGCUCCUGAAGAGGGGAAACUGCUAGGGAGGGAGCCCUAGCAGUGACUAAGGAGCCCAGCUGUGGGUUGCUGGGGCAACCAGGAGGUCAGCUGACUGAAAGGGGCAGGGCCUGGCUCCUAUAUAAAGCAGAGACAGGAGGCCAGAGGCAGUUCCCUGCCAGCAGCCCAAGGGGAAGGAACUCUCUCAGGGAAGAAGGGUGAGGCCUGACUACAGGAGCAGCGUUUUGACACUGCUGAGGGAAGGAGUGUUCCCUGGUAGGCCAGACUAUUGUUUUAGCCAGGCGGCUUUAAUUUAUGUUACAGCCCAGGGGCUUGUGUUUUGUUGUUUGUUACACCGGUGGUUUGGGUGAGGCUAUUAGGGGUUGGAGGAGGCCUCAUAGGGGACCCACAGUAGCGUGGGGACCCCAGCGCCAGUAGGGGCGCAGCGUACGGGGUACAUAGACCCCAGCCCCAGAGAGGAGCAUUAUUAGGAAGCCCAAGUGUGGGCACGGUGAGCCCCAGAAAGGGGGCAGCAUUAUUAGGAACCCCAAGUGUGGGCACGGGGAGCCCCAGAUAGGGGGCAGCAUUAUUGAGGAGCCCAAGUGUAGGCAUGGGGAGCCCCAGAAAGGGGGCAGUAUUAUUGAGGAGCCCAAGCGUGGGCACCGUGAGCCCCAGAUAGGGGGCAGCAUUAUUGGGAAGCCCAAGUGUGGGCACCGAGAGGGAUGGCCCAGGGGGAACAGGAAGGGGCCAAACAGUGAUAGAAUUGAGACAACGGCGAUUCCAUUGGCAAGGUGUGGACUGCGGUGUAGGGGAGGAAACGGAGCCGCAGGUAGUGCCCCCUGGCAGCGGGGCAGUACAAGGGCAGCCUCCCGCUAAUUAAUACCUAUUAAUCGAUUAUCAACAAGGCAUGGCAGGCGAGUAGGCGGGUGGUUGCCCCAGGAACAGGUGCGCGGGACACGUUAAGGUCGGCCCAGAGUGGAUACCUGUUACAGUGUGCUAUUAUUUACCAUACCAGCAGCCUCUCACAGGCAAGCAAAAAAGUAGUGCUGGACACAGGAAUGAUCAUACCAGUGGUGUCACAAAGCUGUUUUACAGAAUAGAGCAGACACUGUAUCCAUGAGUCUACAGAGGCCCCAGACCAGGUGAGUUGUCCUAUGGCAUAUACAAAUGACCCAUAACAGUGACUUCAGAAGCCUGGGUCUUCCAAGACAUGCAGUGCAAACAUAACGUUGACCUCAGACAGGCAGUAGGACAGGGUAAGCCUUCUACAAGAAAUGGGUCAUCACAUCAGGGUGAUAGUCUGUUUUUCAGUGUUACAUUGAAACUUCGGUGUUCUGCAGAGAGGAAGGAGUUUCACCCUUCCAGGGGACUGAAUGAAGUUGCUGAGAGUGGUCAAAUAGUGUUGCAGGUCAUAGACAUACAAAGGCUGUUUGCAGGUGAAAAUAGUGGGCAAGAAACAAACAAACAACAUAGCACAGAAUAACUGCCAUUAUUGAUGCCUAUUAAGCAGGAAAAGGAACCAAAUAUUCAUAUUAGCAAUGCGUCUUUAAAAUGUGUGUGUUAAGAGCAAGGUUCAGCAAGUUAUGAAGGUCAGUUAGAGAUGGAGAGAAGAAAACUCAGCAGCCAGAACUCAGGAGUAGGGCCUGCAGCCAAAAUCUGAGGUGCAGAGCCCCAGUGGGGAUGUAUUUUGGCCAUGGUGGGGCAAGUGACAGCUGUCUUAACCCCCACAGCUUCCUAAUGCUGUUCACCCCACUGGUACAGGUGGGUUUGGAUCCACCCUGCAAGGCUUCUCACGAUUUGGAUGCAGCCCACAUGGAGCCCCAUUGUCCAGAUCUUGCUCAGAACCGAAACACAUUUGAUAUGCCUGCUUUAAACAAUCUAUUUCCCAGUCACCAUAUUAGUUCUGUACCAUGGAAGCUGAUGUCCUUACAUACCUAACCAUGCUAAUAUGGAGUGGCACUCCACAGCACCCUUAAAGGGAUAUCACAGCACCUCAGGGUGUCAUGGCACCCUGAUGGAGAAUCACUGGCCUAGACAGAUAGAUCUUCUCUUCAAGUACCUUCACUGCACUUGUAGCCAUCCUGCUCUUUGUGCAAAGAAAGGUGUCUCUGAAAUCAGGACCAGUCCUGUGAUCACUGCUCUGCUCAUUUCAUCUGCAAACAGCAAGUGAUAGACUGCUAUAAGCAGAAGGCAUAACUGAGUGACCUAAUUCAGCCUUUUUUUCCCUGUUGGAAUAAAUGUACAUUAUUCUUGUCAUUUUAAUAUUUUACUUUCUCUCUGAAAUCACAUUAUAGAAACUGUUGUCCAUAAAUAAUAGUAGCAGUACUUCUUCUGUAGCACCUGGUAUUUCAGGAACCAAAAGCUUUUUGCAGAUCCUAAAUUCUACAACAUCCCUAGGAGGUUUUUUUACAUGUCGUGCACAAAGUCAUAUGUCAGGUCACUCUCAGGGUUUCUGAUCCCUGUAUCUCUUGUUUUCCAUUUCUGCUUGGUCUUAAUUGGUUGGUUGUUUGUUUGUUUGGGGUUGUGUUUGUUUGUUGUUUUUUGUAAUUUAUUUAAAGUUGCUAGUUAGAGUGUUAUGUAAUUAAUGUAACAUUCUUAAAAUACUAAAUUGUAAAUAUAAAUGACCCAAUCAAGGAGCAGAGCUUUACAGGAUGUUGUCUUUACAGUGUUGCUUAGAUACCCAUUCAGAGCUCUCUUGCCAUCUAGUGUUGAAACUAGUUACCCAUGUUGAAUUUUGAGAAAAUUUUUAUUGCAACUCUUUGGAAUCUCUGUUUACUAUCAUGUCUCUCUACUCUGCCUACACCCCUCAAGAAAAAAAAUAUGUAGCCAGGCUACUGGGGUAUGAAUGAACAGAUUUCGCACUUGUCUCAGGAGAAAGUCUUUUGUCCUGGGAUCAUAAACACAUAAAUGUCCAUUAUCCUGCUUUAAGGCUCUCUGAAGUAUGCUGUAUAAAAUGCACUAAUACUUUUUCCUGGAACAGCCUCUUGUACAUCUGCAAGGUUACUGAGGUUUAUUCCUGGGGCAAACCUUUUAGUCUGUGUGCUCUCGCUGGCUGUUUACUGGUGACAGAACAGCAAUGCAACUUGCAAGAGUGAUGUCUGUACUCUCCAGUUUUAAUCUGGGUCAAAUGAGACUUCUGUUUACAGCCUAAGUCUACUUACUGAGCAAUGUGCAACACUGGGAGGAUUUCUAUAACAAGAAUCUAGUACCCUGAGUCAGCAGGGGCAAGCAGUGCUAGAACAAGGUUCAGCCUUGAACUAGAAAACAGUGCCUUAAGUCCUUUUAGGUGCAGACUUCACCAGUGUUAAAUCCAUCAGUCCUUACCUGGAAGGAAAUCUGAGGUUAGUUACUGCCCCCCUGACACAAUGCAGAUCAAAAACCUAAGAACAAAGUGUGAGGAAUCUGGGAAAAAAGCCUUCUCAGAAUUACUUUUUUCUGUACUUCAUACUUUAUUCUCGUUUUUCUCUUAUACAAGAAAAAUUUUGCAGAGAAUAAAGUUGUGAGCUGAGAGUACAGUGAUCUCUGUCAUGGAACAGGGAUGUGAACCACUUUUAAUGCUAAGUCAUAGGUAGUAACUGAUGCCAGGAUAUGAGAAGUCUUUUGUCAGUUGUCCUUCAUGUCAAACCUUUGUUACUUUGAGCCAAGAAGGUGGUAGCGCUUUCAAAUUGGCUUUGCAGAGAAGUCAAAGAAACUGACUGUACAGACUGAGCAACUGAAGAUUUCCAAUAAUUUCCAAUGGCAACAUGACAGGAACUAUAAACUGCUAGAUAGUCGUUCAAAAAUGUUCAUACUGUGAUGCAUGUAUGAACAUCACUUGGACAUUGUAAGAACUAAUUUAAUGUUUGUCAAGAACAUUGAAUGUGUAAAGUGCUAAGCAUUAUGUAUAACAAAAAUGCUAUUAUGCCCUGAUUUACACUUUGUUGGAGAUUAUUUGUAUUGAUGUGUCCCUAAUAUGGCUUUCUAUUAUAUCUAUUUUAUCUACUGUGAAGAACAGAAAUAUCAUGCAACCUCCAUAAUGUAUUAAAUAACAUAUGGACAUUUUGAGUCCUGAAGCAAAACACAUGCAAAGAGCAGCUACAUCAAUUCACUUUGAGCUUUGGUGAAACACAGAUUAAGAUCUACUAUGUAGAGCAUUGAAGGACAAGUUUAGAUUUGUAAAGCAUUUCUAAUAAAUGGCAUAACCAUUUA